CAAAUGGCCAACAAGCUCGAGACGUGGGCGCUGCCGCGGCUACAGCAACUUCUGGAUCUGGACGAGGAGUCGCUGAAGCAAGUCAUCACAUACGCCGACUCGUUGUCCGGAGAGAGCGCGGCGGAGCAUCUCAAGAAUCUCCUUGGCGACGGUGCGAAGAGCUUGGACUUCAUCUCCGGCUUCAACCUCGUUCGGCGACAACAGCAGCAGCAGCAGCAGCAGCAACAGAUACCACCACCAUCAUCGGCGCCGGCGAGUGCGAGUACAAGUACCAGUGCAAAUUCAAAUAGACCUCACGCCAAAGGCAAGAAAAAGGCCAACAUCCAUGCCUUGCCACCGCGUCAGGUCGAAGGCCAUGGCAAUACCGCCGGUGCUUAUCAAAAACGCUCCGAAGAGGACGACUACCUCGCUCGACCUGCGCGGCAGCGACACAAGGACCAAGUCGCUGAUAAUCUCGCUCUGAGACAAUCGCGGCCAGACGCCACCCAGUUGCCAUUGAUUACAGACAGCGCGAAGCCCACCACCUUGCCCAUCACCGCGAAACCGCCACCGUCUGCUUCCGGUCCUCUCAUAUCGGACUCCCUUUCAUCGAGGAAGAAUGCGACGACGACGAAAGGAGCCAUGGCAUCCUCGCGCACCGCUUCCCCAGCUGCCAAGACCAAGAUCAACAUAUCUGGCGGGACGGCCAUGCAUGGUGCAUCGACGGCUUUGACAGACCUGGACUCUGCCAUUCGCAGUCUCGAAGUGCAGACCAAUCCAUCGCUGACCCCAAGCGCUGAGGACGACCUCCGACGAAAGUGCAACUGUAUGGCGACACGACACCCACUGCUGGACAUGGCACCCAACUGCUUGAAUUGUGGCAAGAUUAUCUGUGUCAAGGAGGGCUUGGCGCCUUGCACCUUCUGCAAAUCACCACUGCUGGACCAGGAAGAUGUAUUACGAGUGUUGCGCGUGUUGAAAGAUGAGCGUGGCGAAGAGCGUAUGAAGUCCAACAAUGCCGCGCACAAGAAAGCUGACGUGGCACACGGCAAGGCUCGUGCCUACACUGGUCGUGAUUUCCUGGCACAGGCAUCAUCAUCUGCGCGGUCAUCCCCCUUGUCCUCUACGCCAGCGACUCCAGCUGGGUCAGAUGAUGAAGCCACUGCAAAAGCAAAGGCACACCGAGACAAAUUGCUAGGAUUUCAGGCGAAUAAUGCUCGUCGAACCGUCGUCCACGACGAAGCUGCCGACUUUGACGUACCUUCAGCCGGCACGAACAUGUGGGCGAGUCCCCAAGAGCGAGCACAGCAGCUCAAGAAGCAGCAAAGACUGCUCCGUGAAAUGGAUUGGGAUGCCAAACCCGAGUAUGAAAAGAGACAAGUUGUGGCGAGCAUCGAUCUGAAGGCCGGAAAGGUGGUCAGACGCAUGGCUGAGAUUCCCCGACCGGAUUUUACAAAAUCUCACGAUGCAGAUGAUGAUGAUCAAGAAGAUUUCAUUCCCCCCGUCAAUUCUACUGGCAGUGGCGCUUUCAGCAACAACCCAUUAGCAGCAGGUUUAAUUCGCCCGACUGCAAGAAAAGAAGAAGAUAAUGACGGGAGAAGCAAAGAUCCCAACAACCAGAAGCAGCGCGUGACAUGGCGCCGAGUACAAAUGGAUCAAGACCAGGGCGAUAACGAACAAUGGAUUCUCGACGGAGGCGUCUAUGGCUCGCAACAACAACACCCGAAUGUUCCUCUCGGCGAGGAAGAACAUGCGUAUGGAUGAGACGUGCUUGUCUUUGAGACGAGAACCCUACCUCUCGAUAAGAGAGAUAUAGAGAGAGAUAUAUAUACAUGUCUAUACUAC